GGAGGCUGUGCUGAGGCUGGGAAACAAGGCGAGCUCCUCUAUUCUUGACAGUGGACUUGUGUAAACUGUGGGACAUUCUGCAGAAAGAGACAAAAAAGUUAGUCUAUGGAAUAUUCUUGUGGAUUCUUAAUGCGAAUUGCGUAAAAGAAAAACGGCAUUGGAUUUGUUUUUUACAUAGUUAUCUUAAAAUCAAUAAUUUGGGGCGUUAUCUUGAACAAACCUCUUUUCUUUUUUCUAAUUAUGCCACGUUUGACAAUGCGCGUGAUGGGCUGAACAGGCUAGUCUCAAACAACUAGCUUAAAAGUCACAAAGCUAGCGCGGAGUUUUAGCUAACUUUUUGACUGUUAUAAACCACAACUUUUCUCUUCCGUUAUCAUGCCGGAGCUGGACUAAAGAGUGACCGUGGGUUGACCAAUGGCUUCGGCCGUGUUCGAGGGCACGUCUCUGGUCAACAUGUUCGUGCGGGACUGCUGGGUGAACGGGGUCCGGAGGCUCGUUAUCAGCCAGCGGGGUGAGGAGGAGGACUUCUUCGAGAUACGUACAGAGUGGUCGGACCGGAAUAUUCUCUACCUCCAUCGCAGUUACUCGGACUUGGGGCGGCUGUUCAAGCGGCUGGUGGAGUCAUUUCCAGAGGACAGGGGCGACCUGGCCAAGUGUCCGCUCAUAGACGGGCUGGUAAAAAUCAAAGAGGCGAGUGAUAUUGAAGAGAAGUUGAACGAGGUAGAACGAUUGCUGAAAAAUGCUAUCAGCAUGCCCUGCAAAUAUUCCAGGUCAGAGGUCAUGUUGACAUUCUUCGAGCGCUCACCACUGGACCAGGUCCUGAGGAACGACAAAGUCCACCGGAUACAGCCUUGUUUUCAGAGCCCCAUCAAGAUAUCAGAAAUCAUGAGGUCCAAUGGGUUCUGUCUGGCCAAUACAGAGACCAUAGUGUUUGACCAGAGUCCAGAGGAGAAGGAGCGGCCUUCAUCCACAGACUCUGCAGAAAACACGUUUGAGGAUGGAACAGAGUUGUUGCCUUUUGAAACAGAACUGUGCGAGGAGGAACCCGAGGCAUACGUCACAAACCUCUCCUACUACCAUCUGGUCCCGUUUGAGACGGACAUUCUGGAAUGAGGAACCAGGAGCUACAGAUAGACAGCGGAAGGGCAUCUGUGGCUAUUAUUAAGACCAGUGUGCCUUAAGAGGAAGACAGUUCUGCACACAUCUGUCUGAACUUUCUACAUGGGACUUUUUGUUUGUCGAGCAGAUAAAAUAAGACGAUGCAACAACACCUUUCUUACCCAAUAUUUUUCAUGGGGUGUAUCCCUUUAUGAACAAUGAUUAACCACUUUUUAUAAUGACUAUGAAUUAACUAAUAAUAUGACAUGAGUGGUCCCAUCUCUGAUUUGAAUAUGUUCAUAGCAGAGAUUGGACUACACAUUUUUUGCAGUAUUAAAAUAGGCUCAUUAAACAGUGAUACCACUUUUAUUUUUUUGACCUGUGGUAUUCAGAAAUGUUGCAAUUUUCACCAGCGUGUUUGGCAAAUUGUAUAUUUUUGAAUACAUUAAUUGAUGAAUGAUCCAUCACCUUCUUGUCCCCACAGAGCUGUUAUUGAUAUUUUGCCGCUGAUGUCAUUAACAUUCCCUGGGGGAAUAACAUAAUCUGACCCAAAAUAAUUUAGCUGGAAUUACAACAGGUGGACCAGUUUUGUACAGUUAAACAAGUCUCUCUCAAAUUACAUCACAUUACAACAUUUUGCCAACAGUUUUUCAGUUUGUCACUCUCACCCUUUUUGUUUAUACAUCAAAAACCUAAACAGGACCAUGAACGCUCAUAUUCACAGGCUCCUGAAAAUGUUUUGUUUAAAUGCUGUUGUUUUUUUGGGUUUUUUUUUGUAUUUUAAAACUUCACUGCACAGUGCCAAUUGCUUUGCUUGAAAUAUUCCCCAAUAUGGUAUUAAACUUCUCUAUCUCCAUGGAGACAACCAGAUGAUGUCAUAGGCCAAGUUACAAGUCAGAUAUGUGGAGAGAUGACCACACUCUCAGUAAGAACACAUGUAUUUCAACACAUUUUUUUUUGCAAUAAAAACACUUUGAAUUGAACAAAUGAUGAUACAUGUUUAAUACAAUACUGUGUGGAACAUUUCAAGCAACCAAAUAACAUUUCCAUGGAGACAUGAGAUUGCAGAUUUAAGAUUAUUUUUAUUUUAUUUUAUUUUUUUUUAACAACGGAUUCUAAUUUCAGUAGUCUUUAGUUUAAGCUUAUCUUGCAUUUUACAUUGAUCUGUAUUAUGCUUUGUUAAUGUGUAUAGGAUAUUCCAACUGUAAAAAAUAUGUCUCUGUGUUGCGUAUUUAUACAGAGUGUGUCGUACUUGUAGAGGUGACAGUACAGUGUGUGGAUUCAUAUUGUGCUGAUUCAGUGAAAGAGGGCUUUGUCAAAGGAUCAGCUGAGGUCAUUUUGUGUGCUGUGUGUUUGACCACUCUGAGCUGAGUGAGGUCAUAUUGAAUCUAGGAAACCAUUAGAGCAGUAUUUAUUUUAAUCUGUAGUUUGUCCCACUAAAACACCCAUUUGGUGGAUCUCUAUAAAAUGAUUGUUAUUUUGUUCCAUUGUGAAAGAUAACUGUCAUAUUGAAGUUAGUUCUCUAUCAAUAACUUCCCUUUUUUUCUUAAAGCUUCUUAUAUUUUUUAUCAAAUGUUUCCUCCUUAGACUUGCAGCUUUUUGAACCAGAUUUAGAAUAUAUUAUAUUUAUUUAUUUUAAUUUUAAGAAAUACACUUUGUUCUCAAAUGCUUUAAUUUGUUCAGCAGUUUCAAACAUUGUUUUCAUUUUAAUACAGGAAUUCUGACAAGGAACUCAAAUACAUAUGUUUUUGUAUGUAUCAUCACUGAAAAAAUUGAGAAAUUCUCCAUACUUCAGUGAUUUAAUAAUAUAGUUUUUCAACUUUUUAUAUAGAAAGAUAAAUGAUAUGUACUACUAACAUUAUUACUACUAUACCAGUAGUCAUAUAACCCAUACAAUUUUGUAAUGAGGACUACAUGCUGUAAAACAUAGUCUCUUCUACACACAAUACUAUAAUAGCAACCAUUGAAGCCUUGUUUUGACUGCAGUCAGUGCCCAUAUUAUUCAUAUUCUUCAGUUGAGCAGAGUGUGGUGGACUUCACAGUGUCUCAUAGCUGAGCGCCCACCACUGCUCUGACCCUGUGAACACAAAAGCUUUGAGCUGCAGAAAACUUGGCAGAGCUGGAGCUGGAGACCUGAAUAGACCGGACCAGGCCUCUGCGUGGAUCUGUUGACCAGUUCUCAUGAUUGUCUGACAGUUUUUGAAAAGUUUAGUGUGUCGUUUUUUGGGAUGUAACAAUGUGAUAUUAUUUUGUCAAAAGCCUCCCUAUAACAUCAUGGAUUGUCAUGAUAUAUCAAAUGACAAAUUUAAGUUAAAAUGUAUUGUUUUAUUACAGGAACAGCUAAACAGAGGAAAUGACAUAGACCAUUCGUUCCUACAUUGUAGCGAAUUGCUUGUUCAGACAGUAUGAGUAUGAAGAAAUAACUGUUAUUAGGCACUUUUUUGUUGUUACUUCCCUAGUGGUUUUUAGGUGAUAUUUGUAAUAAUGUGAAUCUUUAAAGAGUGCAAAGAUAAUGUUUUUGUUUUUUUAAAUAAUAAUUGUACAUUGGCUUAUAUGACUUAAUAAAUGCUGGUUUCCGUUAUAUUAAAGGUGUACUAUAUAACUUAAAUAGUUGGGGUGCAUGUCUCAUGUAUGUCUUCAUGGAGAUGUUGUUGCUUUACCUAAAAUGUUCCGCAGUAUGCCAUUAAUUGUAUCUAUCUUGUCUUAAUUUAAUUGUGAAUGACGUGAAAAAUACCUUCAAAAACAUACAUUUUUACUGUGAGCAGAGUAACCUCUCCAUAGAUCUAACCUGUGCUUCACCUGCUGCCUCCAUGUCAUACUGUGGAACAUUCCAGGCAAAGUAAUAACAUCUCCAUUGACUCAAGCAAAUAGCAGACCAUCCACCAAAGUUACAUAAUACACCUUUAAAGAGGAUAUGUUAUGCCAAAUCAACAUUUUAAUCACCAUGCUAUGCAGUUAUUUUGUUUACACUGCAAUCACAAUAAUGUGAUUUAGGAAGAAUUUUGGUUUAAUUAUGUGAAAUCGUAGUAUAGAAGCAUUUAGAUCUCCAACAUAAAAUUGGCCAAGACUCAGUGACCGGACGAACUGAAAUUGUGAAUCAUGUUGGUAAUCAAUCCACUGAAUAUUUCAAAAUGGUUAAAUUCAUUAUUCUUAAAUUUCUGUGGUCUAUAUGUAUUUGAAAACAGUUUGUAUAUUGUUCAUCACAAUGUACACUUUUGUACAGCAAUAUUCAUAGGCUUAUGUAAUUGUUAACAUGGCCUACAGACUGUAUAACAUAUAUGCUGUUUUUAUAAAAAAGUAUACAUUCCUUGUGG